UUUUCUCUAUUGUAACAUAAAAUUUUCAUUUGUUGAAAUACUAAUUAAUAUUAUUCAAUGUUUUUUGUUACAUAAAGCGAACAAGAUUUCUUUAUAUCUGCAAAAAAUUUGCAAUUACAAUUUUAUAAUAUUAUUAUUAAUACAAUAAAUAAUACAAUAAUGCGAAGAAAUAUUUUAUUGAAUUAAUUAACUAAUCUGGCUGAUUACAUCUCUAUAGAUGCACAUAAAAAUAAUCAGUUUCCUAUUUGUUGACUUUUUUAUGAAAUAUUUUCACAUAUAAAUUUACAAUAUUAAAUUUUUAAUUCUUUUCGCAUUUUACUUGAUUUAUUUACAAAAAUGUAUAUUCUUUGUAAUUAUAAAUGAAAAAAAUUUAAUUGUUAUUAUUCUCGUGUAUUUUUCUUUUCUUAGUUACCCAAAAUUAUAUAAUUAUUUUCAAAAAUAUAAUAUAUAUAUUUAAAUUAUAGGCAAUUAAAUUUUUUCAUAGUGUUACAUGCUUAGCUAACUAUGAUGAUGUUCGAUUUGUUUUUUGUCUUUAAUUUUUUUUUAACAUACGUGUAACGUACCUUUAAUAUUGCAACAAAAUUGUAUUUUGUAACUGAUUUUACACUAUGAAAAAUAUUUUAUAUGAUAUAUUUGGAUAAUUUUCUAAACAUUUAAUAAAUCAGAGAAAUGAAAAAGUUACAAAUACUUCGUGUAGAUAAUGACUUAGUGCAAAAAGUGGAUUUACAAAUAGGUAACAACAUUAUUAGUCGAAAAGUAGUAACUGCAUGUGAUAAUGAUCAAGUUAUAAAACAUGCUGCAAUAAUAAAUGUAAUGUCUAAUAAUGAAAUGACAAUAACACCGUAUCAGGUUUCACCAUGUUACAUGAAAUCUACUGAAUCGUCGCGAUGGCAACUUCUUAAACUAGGUGUUACAGUUCCGAUAAAACCUGGAGAUGUGUGUACUUUAGUACCGGAGAAAUGUUGGUUUAAAAUUAUAUUAGUAUCUGAUAAAAUGGAAAAUAAUGAAGACUAUGCAUUAAAACGAAAAGCUAAUGAAGAUAUAGAUUCAGAUACUAUACAUGAUAAAAGGCUUUGUUCUGAAUCAGGAGAAGGUGACAAUUUACAGUAUAAUGUAUUGAACAAAAUGUUAAAUAAGAAUAAUGAUAUAACUAAAGUAAAAGUUGAAGAAAAUAUUAUUAAUGAAAAUAAUGUAUCAUAUAAUGAUAAUGAAGAUAAAACACAAAACUCAAAUUCUAUAUUAAAAUAUGAAUGUCAAAACAUACAUCAUUCAUCUGUAACAGAAGAUAUUUCCAAAAUUCAAAAUGCAAAUAAAUCAAAUGAUAAACCUGCAAAUGAAAAAAAUUUAAGUCUUAAAAAUUCACAUUUGACUUCUAUAAAUGUAAACAAUGAAAAAGUUACUACAAAAAAUAUACAAUCUCCUAUUUCAAAAGGAGAACAUGAAUCUAAAAUAUCUACUAAUGUAACAGUUUGUAAUGUUUUUAGAAGAAAUAAAUGCAAAUAUGGAAAGGAAUGUUACAGGAAAAAUUCACAACAUAGAGAUAAAUUUAGUCAUCCUGAUGAUCCUGAUUAUGAUAUUCCUGAUAAUAGAAAAAAGUGUCCUUAUGGCACUCAAUGUUAUCGUAAGAAUCCUCAGCAUAAAAUACAAUUCAAACAUACUGACAAAGAUAUUGCAAGUAAACAUAAUAAACGAAACUAUAAACAAACUCAGAAACAAUCUUUGGAUAUUUUAAGUGGUAUAGAAGAUUCAUCUGCAGAAGAAUCUGCUGAAGAAUCUGUUGAUGAAUCUGAAUAUGAACCUAGUGAUAUUGAAAGUUCAGAUGAUGAUGAAAUAUAUUCUGACAAAAAUGAAAGUGAACAAGAAAAUAUAUAUAUGUCCAGUUGAUUAAGAGAUAGAUAUUUUUUUAUUAUAAUAUGUUUGGAUAUUUUUAAAUUUAUCUAUGUAAUUUUACAUAAAGUAUGUUGUACAUGUGGAACAUUAUAUAACACAUAUUUUACAUAACUACAUAAAUAUAUGUGGUAGUGUAAGAAAGAUGAAAGAAUAUAGAAAUAUUUUAUUUUUACAAUAUUAUAAUUGAUAAGUAAGUAUAAUCAUAUAAGAAUUAGUUUAUUUUUUUAUGACUGAAAUGUACAAAAACAAUGAUAAAUAAAUACUUCAAAAAUA